AUGUCCGAAGCUAAUAUUCGGACCAACCUUACAGUAACAUCUUUCGGCUCCCAAAAAGUGUUCAUCCUGCACAGAAGCGGCGCUGCAAUAGGCGCAAACCAGCGCUAUCCCUACGCCGUCAUCGCCACCCAACACGCGCUCGUGGUCUCGUCCAUAACAGCGAAUCUGAGUUCGAAUGCCAGUGGCUCCUCUCCGUCAAACCCAGUAACCAUAUCCAUUGAAGGCUCGACCUCUCCAGACUUCGCGGGCGCAGUGACACUGGGCUCGUUGUCGAGCGUCACGCCGACCUGCAGCACGAGUAUUCUACUUCCAAAGGGAGUGUCCUAUUUGCGAUUCCGGUCUACUACACCGAUCCCGGACGAUUCGAACUAUAUUGCUUAUAGUAAUAUUAGUAUCGCUUGCUCCAAGGUGCAGGAUAAUUAG